GAGUCGAUUCUUUAAAUUCAGCAAAUAAAAAUGAAAAUUGUUUGCUUUCUCACAGAAGCAUUACCGAAUUAAUUCCACAAGGUGAUAUUUAAAUUUUGAUCAAUGGACAAUUUCUUUUUAAUUUCCGGCAGCGCCGGUCUUUCCGGAUAAACAACUGUUCCAACAAUGGGGCGGUACGCAAGGGAGCCUACCAACCAGGCAAAGAGCUGCAAGGCUCGCUUUGAUAACCUGCGAGCCCAUUUCAAGAACACCUAUGAGACUGCUAAGGUGCUAAAGAAGAUGCCUCUGCGGCGUGCCACCCGCUACUUGAAGAAUGUCAUCGCCCACAAGGAGUGUGUGCCCUUCACCAGGUUCAGCGGUGGCGUGGGACGCUGUGCCCAGGCCAAGGCGUUCGGCACCACGCAGGGCCGCUGGCCCAAGAAGUCGUGCGAGCACCUGCUACAGCUGCUGCGUAACGCCGAGGCCAACGCCGACUUCAAGGGUCUGGACGUGGACCACCUGGUGGUAGACCACAUCCAGGUGAACCGGGCGGCCAAGAUGCGCCGGCGCACCUACCGCGCCCACGGCCGCAUCAACCCCUACAUGGCCAGCCCGUGCCACGUGGAGAUCAUCCUGACUGAGAAGCAGGACGUGGUCUCGCGCGUCACCGACGACGAGCCCACCAAGAAGAAGGUGUCCAAGAAGAAGCUGGCCAGGCAAAAGCGUGAGAUGAGGGACUAAGCUUUCACCGAGCAAAUACACUGAGUUGGCCGACGCAAA